AUGACUAUUGCUGACUGGAAGUCGGAGUCGGUUUGUGCUGCAAAGUUGAAGGGAAAGCUGAACGGAAAAACGCCAACUGGGGAAGCAUCAGGAGAGGUGAACUGGUGUGCGUUUCCAAGGAAGAUGACACAGCAACGCCACGUGGAGCUGAGUUGGAAACAAAUCUUUGCCACUUAUUGCUCUGUUCAGCAAUACGAUCAUCAUGAUCCUUCAUCUUUCACUUCUAUCAUGACGAAUAAUGUCUCCUUCGCGUCAAGCUCUGCUGCUUCAAACCCUAACUGCGACAUUACUGCUUCGCUUGAGCAGGCUCCGGGCAACUCCAGUGGCACGGUGUUUUCCAGCGAGCAUGAAGGCACCAUGAAACCAUCAGCAGGUGGCGACAGGGCUGAUAAUAAUGUUAGUAGUAAGGCAGAUUCUGUGGCGCGUGAAAGGAACGCGCCGCCUAGAUGGAGGAAUUACAGAGGUGUAAGGCGUCGGCCGUGGGGGAAGUUUGCAGCUGAGAUCCGGGAUCCGAAGAGGAACGGAGCAAGAACGUGGUUAGGGACAUAUGAGACGGAAGAGGAUGCAGCAUUGGCUUAUGAUAGAGCUGCUUUUAAGAUGAGGGGUAGAAAAGCCAAGCUCAAUUUUCCACACCUCAUUGGGUCGGAAUCGCGGCCAGAGCUACCGGAAAGAUUAGUCAGCGAGACGACACGGCAGUGCCACUCGCCGGAAUCUUCAUCGCCGUCAGUGUGCGCAUCUGAGGAUAACGGUGGAUCUCAAGGAUCAAGUAGUAGGAAGAAGAGGCUGACUAGUCUGUUGAAUAAAUUAGCAACAAAUAGAGGCCAAGGCAGAAGCUUGAAAUAA